CCGACACACCCGGUGUCGGCGCACCCCUGCACCUCCCACUCGAGCCGCCCUGCCUCCUCCCCAGGUCCCCUCACCCGCAGCCCGACCCCACCGAGCUCACGGCCCCGCGGGCGGCGCCCUCGGGAGGCCGCGUGGGGCGCAGCAGCUCCCCCAGCCGGACGCUGGAGCCGCACGCCAGAACGCGCCGUCUCGCCGCCGGAGGUGCUAAACUUCACACUCGGCGACUUCUCCGCCUGCGUCGGGAGGCCUCGGCUAGGCUGACUGUCGGGUACCGCGGACUUGAAUUCAUAAGCAAAGCUUGGCUCCUGGGCCAUUCCACCCACCUCCCCCUCGUGGAGCCCCGAUGUGCCCCUGCUCAGCUUCAAACUCUUCUCGAGCCUCCCCGCUCCCUUUCGAUGACUAUGGGGGACCCCACGUAAACCCUCGGGCCCCCAAGCGGACCCGGACAUCCCCUGCACACCCUCGCUGUACUCCCUGCUUCUCAUUCUGCUUGGUCGCGGGAUGGGGUGAAUCUGCUGGAAACUAGACCGCCCCUGCCCUGCCAGGGAGAGAGCCGAGGGUAACUUGCAGGCGGAUCAGGAUCCGGGCUGGGCCUGGACUCCGAGUCCCCUUCUGGUAAGGUUCUUGGGCGCUAGGGCCCCUGGCUGGCCGCUCCGCCAUUCCCUUGCUCGACUCUUUCCCGCGGUCUCCCUAGCGCCCCACUGCACCCAGUCCUCUCUUGUCCCUGCCCUUUCUCUCCCACUCCUCUCCCAUUUCUAAAUGCCCGAAGCCUCUCGGACGGGGCGGCGCGGCCCUCAGGGUUGGGGGCGCAACUGCCCCAGCCCCGAUCCCGCCCCCUGCCGGCAGCUCCCCAGGCAUCUGCACAUGACGCAAUUCGGUGCAACUGGAAACUGCAGUGGAUGCUUCCGUGGCCCCCAGCAGGGGAUCCCGGGCGAUGCACACUGAGAGGGAGAGGCGAGGGGGCAGACCCCGGCGCCGGGCUGCGGGCAGGGGUCGCGGCCGAGACCCUCCCGGCCCUGUCCUGCGCCCCACCUCUCUCCGCCCUCGACCGGCACACCUCUCCUCCCGGGUCCCGCUCCCUCCCUCUCCCGAGUUCGCGGCUCCCUCCUCCUGCACCGCCCCGGCACCCUCCUCCUCCCGGCCCCUCCCGCGUCCUUCCUCCUCCCUCCGCCGCCGGGCCCGGGGCCUCCGGUAGGCCGGGCUGCGCCAAUCCCGGCCGCGGCCCGCCCCCUGACGCCGAGCUGGGCCCGGCGAGGCCCCGCCCGCUGACGUCCGGAUUUGCAUGAGUUCUUGUGCAGCCGCGGCCCGGGCUCAGUUGUCUGAGCGAGCGCGAGCCGGGAGUCGGGGCGGCGCGGGCAGCGGCGGGUGGCCGGGCUGUGCUGGGCGAGCGGCGGCGGCGGCGCGGGCGGCGCGGGCGGAGGGGGCGCCUCGGCCGGGGCGGCAGCGGGACGCCGGCGGGAGCCAGCAGCGUCUGCAGCCGCGCCGGCCGCCUGCGCCCCGGCGCGCUGCGGCUCGGUCAUGGAGCUGCCAGCUGUUGGCGAGCACGUCUUCGCGGUGGAGAGCAUCGAGAAGAAGCGGAUCCGCAAGGGCAGAGUGGAGUAUCUGGUGAAAUGGAGAGGCUGGUCCCCCAAAUAUAACACGUGGGAACCCGAGGAGAACAUCCUGGAUCCCCGGCUGCUGAUCGCCUUCCAGAACAGAGAACGGCAGGAGCAGCUGAUGGGAUAUCGGAAGAGAGGGCCAAAGCCCAAACCUCUGGUGGUGCAGGUACCUACCUUCGCCCGUCGCUCCAAUGUGCUGACCGGACUGCAGGACUCCUCUGCGGACAACCGAGCCAAGCUGGAGCUGGGAGCUCAGGGGAAGGGCCAGGGGCAUCAGUACGAGCUUAACAGCAAGAAGCACCACCAGUACCAGCCACACAGCAAGGAGCGGGCAGGCAAGCCCCCACCUCCCGGCAAGAGCGGCAAAUACUACUACCAGCUGAACAGCAAGAAGCAUCACCCCUACCAGCCCGACCCCAAGAUGUACGACCUGCAGUACCAGGGAGGCCACAAGGAGGCGCCCAGCCCCACCUGCCCGGACCUGGGCGCCAAGAGCCACCCUCCCGACAAGUGGGCCCACAGCGCAGGAGCCAAGGGCUAUCUGGGAGCCGUGAAGCCACUGGCCGGUGCGGCCGGCACUCCAGGCAAGGGGUCCGAGAAGGGUCCCCCCAACGGGAUGACGCCGGCCCCCAAGGAGGCGGUGACGGGCAACGGGAUUGGGGGCAAGAUGAAGAUAGUCAAGAACAAGAACAAGAACGGCCGCAUCGUGAUCGUGAUGAGCAAAUACAUGGAGAAUGGUAUGCAGGCCGUGAAGAUCAAGUCCGGGGAGGCGGCAGAGGGCGAGGCCCGCUCCCCCAGCCACAAGAAGCGCGCCACGGAGGAGCGCCAUACCCCGGCUGACAGGACUUUCAAAAAGGCACCAGGAGCCGAGGAGAAGAAGGCAGAUGCGCCCUCCAAGAGGAGGGAGGAGGAGGCCCCCGGGGCCGGUGACCCACAGCCCCAGGACGCCAGCUCCCGCAAGCUCUCCCCGACCAAGGAGGCCUUCGGAGAGCAACCCUUGCAACUCACAACCAAGCCUGACCUGCUGGCCUGGGAGCCGGCCCGGAGCGCGCACCCGCCCUCCCACCACCACCACCACCACCACCACCAUCACCACCACCACCACGCGGUCGGCCUAAAUCUGUCCCACGCGCGCAAGCGCUGCCUCUCCGAGACCCACGGCGAGCGGGAGCCCUGCAAGAAGCGCUUGACCGCGCGGAGCAUCAGCACCCCCACCUGCCUGGGCGGUAGCCCGGCAGCCGAGCGCCCUGCAGAUGUACCCCCCACCGCCACCACCGCCCUCCCGCAGCCGGAGGUCAUCCUGCUGGACUCGGAUCUGGACGAGCCCAUAGACUUGCGCUGCGUCAAGACACGCGGCGAGGCUGGGGAGCCGCCCAGCGCCCUUCAAGUGAAGCCCGAGGCGCCUGCUGCUGCUGCUGCGGCGGCGGCGGCGGCAGCUGCGCCAGCGACAGCGGCCGAGAAGCCUCCGGCCGAGGCCCAGGACGAGCCCGAGGAGCCGCUGAGCGAGUUCAAGCCCUUCUUUGGGAAUAUAAUUAUCACCGACGUCACCGCGAACUGCCUCACCGUCACGUUCAAGGAGUACGUGAUGGUGUAGCCGGAGGCCACGGAAGGGGAAGGGCCGUCCUGCGGAGGCUUAGCACCUGGGGCCAGGGCGUGGACCUCUCUUCCUGCCGACCACGGGAGAUCCCGGCCGGCCCCCAGCCCCAGGACGCUGGAAUCGCCGAGCGCGUCCUUCCGCGUCCCGCUGUCCGGUCCUGGCUGGGGCGCCCGGCCAGCCCCUGACCCGCACGGGCCCCUUCCGCGCGGUGCCUGCGUAUCCCGCCCCCCAUCUGCCCCAUCCUCGCGUGGGACCUCCGGGACUGACAGGGCAGCCACGCGCGGCGGUCUCAGAGUUAUAGUAUUAUAUUUUACCCGUGCUAACUUGUCAAGUGCAGACUUUACUCCCGUUUGUACGUGGUGUUAUUAUUGAAAUGUAUUGUUUGAGCGCAAAAGGCCCCACCACCCUCUUCGGGCUGAUAUAUAUAUAUUUAUUUGUAGGUAUUUAUAUAUUGAAAUAUAAAAACCUAGAUUUAUGGAGUUUCCUCUAGAUCACGUUAUAUUCUAUACCAAACUAUUUUCUGUUGACCUUUCUUCCCGUUCAUUCAGUAUUUCGGUUGAUUUCAUUUCCUCCCCUUCCAGGAACUGCGAUACCGGUAACCUUGGUAUAUAUUUUUUGAUACUGUACACAUGGAUGUGUUGUUUCUAUGUGCAAAAAAAAAAAAAAAGUUUGUUAAAAGGCUAAACGAGCUCUUUAGAAACUGCUGCUACUAGAAAUGUCUAAACUAUAAGCUUCCAAUUAUUACCUGCUUGAAUGUAAAUAUUAAAUGGAGAUGUUGAAGGUGCA